AUGUCCUCCCUUGAGGCCAAGAUCGUCGUCCUCGGCUCCCAGGGCGUCGGCAAGACGAGCCUCGUCGAACGCUUUUGCAAGGGCAGCUUCAACCCUUCCCAGAUCACAUCGACCGUCGGCGCCUCCUUCAUGACCAAGCGCGUUGUCGACGGCGAUUCCGACACUACCGUGCGCCUGCAGAUCUGGGACACCGCCGGCCAGGAACGUUUCCGCAGCAUAUCCCGCCUCUACUACCGCGGCGCCAACGCCUGCAUCCUCUGCUACUCCAUCACCGACGCCCAGUCCUUCGCCGAAAUGGGCCUCUGGCUCAACGAGCUACGCCGCAACCUUCCCGCCGACGUCGUCCUCCACGUCGUCGGCACCAAGGCAGACAUGGUCGCCCGCGACCCCUCCUUGCGCGAAGUCCCUUUCGAGCGCUGCAUCGCCUACGUCGCCGAAAACCUCGCCCCCGGCCUCGCCUCGACGCCGCCCCCGACAGCCAACGCUACAGGCUUCGCUCCCGCCUUACCGUCCACCUUCCAGGGCGGCGUCUCCUUGUCUCCCGACUACCCCGCGGCGCACCACGCACUAUCGACAGUCCACCACGCCGCGCAGCAGCAGCAGCAGCACGCCCAGAACGCCCCUUCCGAUGCUGCUCACCCCCGCUCUCCCUCGUCCAAACGCUCGUCCGGCUUCUGGGGCCAGGAAGCUGGCUGGGACGCCUGCCACGAAAUCUCUGCUGAAUCAGGCGAGGGUGUCGAAGAGGUCUUCCGCGUCGUGACCCGCAAACUCGUCGAACAGAACCGCAAGAUCCAGCAGGCCCUGCUGCAGGCCAUGGCGACGCCCGGCACACCGGGCUUCGGUGCCGGCGAGGCGGGCUACUUUGACGGUGCCGUCUACGGUGGUGCCGGGUCCGCCGGCGGCAGUUUCCGGGUCGGCAGGGACAGACGGAGCUGGCUGUUUUCGCCGGGGUUCACGGUACCCGGCGUGCCGGUCGAGGUUGCCGAGGAGAGGGAAGAGAUGGAUGGGGCGGUGGGGAGGCGGAAGCGGUGCUGUUAG